AUGUCGUUGGACAAGCCAGCCAGCUGGGAUAAGACCUCGGCCGACUAUACCAAAAUGGGAAUCCAAGGCCCGAUUCUAUACCCGUGCAAAGGCAUGCUCGCCGCCAUGGACACUGCCUCCAGUUUCUCCUCGGCUACGUCAAUCCUCGACAUUGGCUGCGGGCCCGGUACCGCAGUGACACUGCUGGCCGAGGACUACGGCACGCAAAUCCCCGCCGAUGCCACUCUGGUCGCCACGGACUUUUCGCAGAGCAUGGUCGACGCAACACUGGCCAAGAAACGAAAUAUUGUUGCUGCCGGAACUGACGUGGCCAACUGCUGGGGCCGGCUCGAGGCGCAGGUCAUGGAUGCCCAGGACCUGUCGGCCGUCGAGUCUGGCAGUGUCUCGCACCUGAUGGGCAGUCUGGUGUAUUUUAUGUUGCCGGACGCGAGCAAGGGGCUGCUUGAGGCUAAUCGAGUGCUGAAAGAGGGCGGCGUGUUUGCGUGCACGAGCUGGGGCUCGACGAUGGAGUGGAUUCAGUUUAGCGUCGAGGCAGCGCAGCGCGUACGGCCGGACAAGGUUGGCAAGUUUAACGCCAUGCCGGAAGCAUGGAGGUCGUCCGAGGGCGUCAAGGCACAGCUCGCAGCCGCUGGAUUCCGCGACGCGCACGCCGAAUACGUGGAAUUCGAGUGGAAGCUGGAGGACCCGGUCAAGAACGUGGAGCAGAUGGUGAAGAGCAGCAAUCCGGCGGCUCAGGCAGUGGUGGGAAGCUUUACUGAAGAGGAGCUGGACCGGUGCUGUGAAGAGUACGUGAAGAUUCUGGCGGAGCAUGGCAAUGUGUGUAAAGGCGUGGCUGUUUUGGGAGUGGGAAGGAAGUGA